UACACUUAUACGAGGUACUGGUUUAAAAUUUUUCCUCUCUUUCAUACGAGAAAAAUCCCUAAUUCCCGUUCUGAUUUCAGGAAUUCAGUUGCAGAUUUGAAGUGCUUAUAAGAGAUCAAAAUGGGUGAGGAGGGUGGUACUGUGAAGGAGAAGAAAGUAGUUUUUGUGACGGUCGGGACAACUUGCUUUGAUGCUCUAGUAAGAGCUGUGGACACUCCAGAAGUUAAGAAAGAGUUGUUCAGGAAAGGCUACACCAAUAUUCUGAUCCAGAUUGGUCGUGGAUCAUACAUCCCCACCAAGUCGACCGUGGAAAAUGGGUCUGCAGUUCUGGAGUAUUUUACAUUUUCAUCAAGCAUAGCUGACUACUUGAAGGAAGCAUCGCUUGUUAUCAGUCAUGCAGGUUCAGGGAGCAUAUUUGAGACAUUGCGACUGGGCAAACCAUUGAUAGUUGUAGUCAAUGAGGACCUGAUGGACAACCAUCAAAGUGAACUAGCAGAGGAACUGGCCGAGAGAAAGCAUUUGUUCUGUGCUCGUCCCCAAACUCUAUACCAGAGUAUCGUGGACAUGGAUACAGGAUCUCUCAUCGCAUACCAACCAGGUGAUGCAGAACCAGUUGCUAAACAUAUCAACAGAUAUCUUGGUUUCCCUGAUGAUUAAUGGACCUCUGUUAAAUGACAAAUGUAAAAUUGUCUUAUACUUGUAAUGAACUGAAUUGAAGUGUAAUUUUGUGUGAUUCAUGGCCUAAUUUUUUCCAUUCAAAUGAUCUGUUAAUUCUGUUUC